AUGGUUACUGGAAAAGAGGCGAGAAUUAACGGCAAAAAGACCCAGAAAGAUUGCAAAAUCUGGGUACCCCCGUUCACCAUUCAAGCCCUGCAAAAGCACACGUGCGUGAUUCCACCUCCGAAAUGCAAUGUAUAUAAAGUGUUGACGAUAAAUAACACUCACUUUCGAGACAAUUACAACAGAGGAACGUUACCAGUCGGAAUCGAUCCUAGGGCUUCGAAAAUUUCUUGGAAAGCAGAUAUUACGAAAUUAGAUUACCAUUAUUACCUCCCAAUAUUCUUCGAAGGACUCAUAGAAACCGAAUACCCUUACACAUUCUUCGCUCAACAAGGCAUCCACGAUUUACUAACACAUGGAGGGACGAAAAUAUUUCCGUGCAUUCCGCAAUUAAUAAUACCUAUCAAAGACGCUUUAAGGACUAAAAAUAAGCACAUCAUGAUCGCCACCUUGCAAGUUCUACAGCAUCUUGUUAAAUCGGGAGAUUUGAUCGGGGAGGCUUUAGUACCCUAUUAUCGGCAAAUUUUACCCACAUUGAAUUUGUUCAAAGAAAGAAACGUAAAUUGUGGUGACGAAAUCGACUACAGCCAAAUGAGAGGAGACAAUUUAGCAGAUAUAAUAAACGAAACUUUGGAAGUUUUGGAAAGAUACGGUGGCGAAGACGCUUUCAUUAACAUCAAAUACCUCAUACCCACAUACGAAUCAUGCAUGAUGAACUAA